AUGGGUGCCAUCAAGGUCACUGAGGAUUUCGAUGACCGACAACUCCAUAUUGACGCCGAAAAAGAGGAAUACCAUCCUUAUGAGUACCAGACGGAGAACAAUGACUCCUGGGCGGGUGCUCUCCCGGUGAAGCAGUACGUCCCCUCUUUCGCCGCACCACCUGUUCCUGGUAGGGCGAUCACUCACUCUUGUAGGGGAUUGUACGACCCAUCUCUUGAGAAAGAUGCUUGCGGUGUCGGUUUUGCCUGCCAUAUCAAGGGCAAGCCGAGCCACAAGAUCGUCAGCGAUGCGCGAAACCUCCUUUGCAACAUGACCCAUCGCGGUGCGGUGGGAUCCGACGCACGGGAUGGCGACGGCGCGGGUGUCAUGACCUCCAUUCCUCACAAGUUCUUCAUCAAAAAUUUCGAGCGAGAAGAAGGAAUCAAGCUCCCCCCUCUGGGCCAGUAUGCUGUGGGAAACUUGUUCUUCAAGCCCGACCAGGAGACGGUGCACGAGUGCAAGCGGCAGUUGGAAGAUAUUGCCGAGUCUUUGGGCUUGAGGGUCCUGGGGUGGCGAGAGCCCCCCGUGGAUUCUUCUCUUCUUGGUCCUGCUGCCCUUUCACGGGAGCCUACCGUGCUUCAACCCUUCGUCGUACUGCAGUCUGCAUAUGGCCCGGGCAACGCUCCCGAGGUGACGGACCCAGAGAAAUUUGAUGAGAGGCGCUUUGAGAGGCAGCUUUAUGUCCUCCGAAAGCGAGCCACUCACACUGUGGGGCUCCAGAACUGGUUCUACAUCUGCUCCCUGUCCAACAAGAACAUUGUCUACAAGGGGCAGUUGGCGCCGGUUCAGGUCUACCAAUACUACCAUGAUUUGGUGAAUGCCGAUUAUGAGGCUCAUUUUGCCCUCGUGCACUCGCGCUUCUCCACCAAUACGUUCCCUUCUUGGGAUCGUGCCCAACCUCUACGAUGGGCCGCUCACAACGGCGAGAUCAACACGCUCCGUGGCAACAAGAACUGGAUGCGCGCCCGUGAAGGCGUGAUGCGAUCCGACAUCUUCGGCGAUGAGCUCGAGAUGCUCUACCCCGUAGUCGAGGACGGCGGUUCCGAUUCGGCCGCUUUUGACAACGUGCUAGAGCUGCUCACCAUCAACGGCGUCCUCUCUCUCCCUGAGGCCGUCAUGCUGAUGGUUCCCGAAGCAUGGCAAGGGAACGCGCUGAUGGAUCCCAAGAAGGCUGCUUUUUACGAGUGGGCUGCUUGCCAGAUGGAACCUUGGGACGGUCCUGCGCUCUUCACUUUUGCCGAUGGCCGUUUCGGCGGCGCCUACCUUGACCGUAACGGUCUCCGACCAUGCCGUUUCUAUGUCAUGGACGACGACCGCCUCAUCUGCGCUUCAGAGGUUGGCACCAUCCCUGUGGACCCUGAGAGGAUUGUGCAGAAGGGCCGCUUGCAGCCCGGCCGCAUGCUUCUGGUUGACACGCAAGCUGGCCGCAUCAUCGAUGACACUGAGCUGAAGGCCGCUGUCUCGAGCCGCCAUGAUUUUAGGGCUUGGCUCGACGAGGGUUUGAUCACGAUGCCUACUGUUCUCAACAAGGUGUUGGAGAACAAGACCAUCGAUCUGGCCGCGAAGCCGAGCGAUACGAAGCUACAGGAGGAUCCUUUGCUCCAAGCCUUCGGUUAUACGUUUGAGCAGGCAGCUGUUCGCGCACGUCACGGAACUCGACCCAUCGACCCCCAUUCGAAAUCCUCCUUGGAAAAUGCCACCGCCGCGAUCGAGGCACGGGACCGCAUCAUUGUCCUCUCUGACCGGAACAUUUCCAAGGACCGGGUUGCUGUUUCGGCUUUGCUUGCCUCCGGCAUGGUUCACCACCAUCUUGUCGCAAACAAGUGGCGUUCCAUGGCUGCGAUCGUCGUCGAGACCGCCGAGGCCCGCGAAGUGCACCACAUGUGUGUCUUGCUUGGCUACGGUGUGGAUGCCAUCAAUCCCUACUUGGCUAUCGAGUGCAUCUUGAAGCUCAAUCGAGAGAAGCUUAUUAAGAAGAAGCUCACCGAUGACGCUCUCAUCCGUAACUACAUACACUCGUGCGACGGCGGUAUCCUCAAAGUCAUGAGCAAAAUGGGUAUUUCUACCCUUGCCAGCUACAAGGGCGCGCAGAUCUUCGAAGCCCUCGGCGUCGAUGACAGCGUUGUCGACCGCUGCUUCCGCGGCACCGCCUCCCGAAUCAAGGGCAUCACCUUCGAGCUCAUCGCUGAGGAUGCAUUCCGCCUCCACGAGCGCGGUUUCCCUUCUCGCGAGACUGUUGUCGUCCCCGGCCUUGCGGAAUCCGGCGAGUACCACUGGCGUGAUGGCGGAGAGGCGCACGUCAACGAUCCCAAGUCCAUUGCCAACAUCCAGGAUGCGGUCCGCAACAAGAACGACAAGUCGUACGAGGCCUAUUCCCUCUCAGAGUACGAGCAAAUCAAGUCUUGCACGCUUCGUGGCAUGCUGGACUUCAAGUUCGACGACUGCACACCCAUCCCGAUCGACCAGGUCGAGCCGUGGACCGAGAUCGUGCGGCGCUUUUGCACCGGCGCCAUGUCGUAUGGUUCCAUCUCGAUGGAGUCCCACUCGACCCUCGCCGUUGCCAUGAAUCGGCUUGGGGGAAAGUCCAACACCGGCGAAGGUGGCGAGGACGCCGAGCGUUCUGAGCGGAUGGCCAACGGCGACACCAUGCGCUCGGCCAUCAAGCAGGUCGCUUCUGGGCGCUUCGGCGUCACCUCCGCCUACCUGGCCGAUUCAGACGAGCUCCAGAUCAAGAUGGCGCAGGGUGCCAAGCCAGGUGAGGGCGGCGAGCUUCCUGGCCACAAGGUGUCCAAGCCGAUCGCGCGGACGCGGCACUCGACCCCUGGCGUUGGUCUGAUCUCCCCACCGCCGCACCACGACAUUUACUCAAUCGAGGAUUUGAAGCAGCUCAUCUACGACCUCAAGUGCUCGAGUCCUCGAUCGCGCGUGUCGGUCAAGCUGGUGUCGGAGACGGGUGUUGGCAUCGUCGCGUCGGGGGUCGCCAAGGCAAAGGCGGACCACAUCCUCAUCUCGGGCCACGACGGCGGCACCGGUGCCUCCCGCUGGACGGGUAUCAAGUACGCCGGUCUUCCAUGGGAAUUGGGCCUUGCCGAGACCCACCAGACGCUCGUGCUGAACGAUCUGCGUGGCCGUGUCGUCGUCCAGACGGAUGGCCAACUGCGGACGGGCCGCGACGUAGCCAUCGCCUGUCUGCUCGGCGCCGAGGAAUGGGGCUUCGCUACAGCUCCUUUGAUCGCCAUGGGCUGUAUUAUGAUGAGGAAAUGCCACAUGAAUACGUGCCCGGUUGGUAUUGCAACCCAGGAUCCCGAGCUCCGUAAGAAGUUUACCGGCACGCCCGAGCAUGUCAUCAACUUCUUCUUCUAUGUCGCCAACGAGCUCCGGUCUCUUAUGGCCAGGCUUGGCUUCAGGACGGUCAACGAGAUGAUUGGACAUGCCGAGGUCCUCAAGAUCCGCGACGAUAUCCGGAGCAAGAAGACAGCCAACAUUGACCUGUCGCUCAUCCUCACGCCCGCCCAUAAGCUACGGCCGGGGGUUGCGACGUUCAACGUCCGCAAGCAGGACCAUCGCCUCUAUGUCCGCUUGGACAACAAACUCAUCUCUGAGGCAGAGUUGACAUUGGAUAAGGGCCUGCCGUCGCGUAUCGAAUGCGACAUUGUCAACACCGACCGCGCCAUGGGUACUUCGCUGUCGUACCAGAUCUCCAAACGGUACGGCGAGGGCGGACUUCCGUUGGAUACCGUCCAUGUUAAUAUCAAGGGCUCCGCUGGCCAGUCAUUUGGUGCCUUCCUGGCUCCCGGUGUCACAUUGGAACUCGAGGGCGAUGCCAACGAUUACGUCGGCAAGGGCUUGUCUGGUGGUCGUCUCAUCGUGUACCCCCCGCGGUCGGCGGUAUUCAAGGCUGAGGAGAACAUCCUGGUUGGCAACGUCUGCUUGUACGGAGCCACAUCGGGCACCUGCUACUUCCGCGGCGUUGCUGCGGAGCGGUUCGCUGUGCGCAACUCGGGCGCCAUUGCCGUCGUCGAGGGUGUUGGUGACCACGGGUACUUCCGCUCCAAGCUCAACACGGAGAUGGUUGAAGCCGGCAGUAUUGAGGACCCUGAGGAGAUUGCCUACGUCCGUAACCUGAUCGAGGACCACCACCACUACACGGGCUCUGAACUCGCUGCUCGUAUCCUGGUUGACUUCAACCGUGCUCUCCGCCGGAUUGUCAAGGUUCUCCCGGUAGACUACAAGCGCGUCCUUGAGGAAGAGGCAGCCAAGGCGGCCGCGGCCAAGCGUGCUGAGUAUAAUCUCCCUGUGAUCCCCGGCCAUAAGAAAGAGGAGCAGGAAAAGGCCGCCAAGCUCCAGGACAUUGAGGAAAGCGUGAGGGACGACGCAGCCGACAAGAAGAAGGCGCUCGUCUUGGAUAAGACCCGUGGUUUCAUGAAGUACCAGCGGAGGUCCGAGAAGUACCGCAGCACGAAGACGCGGACUAAGGAUUGGGCCGAGCUAUCGCAGCGGCUGGAUGAGGACGAGCUCAAGUACCAGUCUGCUCGUUGCAUGGACUGCGGUGUCCCCUUCUGCCAGUCGGACUCUGGGUGCCCUAUCUCCAACAUCAUUCCCAAAUGGAAUGAACUGGUAUUCCAAAAUCAAUGGCGCGACGCCCUGGACCGCCUGUUGAUGACCAACAACUUCCCCGAAUUCACCGGCCGCGUCUGUCCUGCACCUUGCGAGGGCGCUUGCGUGCUUGGCAUCAACGAAGACCCCGUCGGCAUCAAGUCGAUUGAGUGCGCCAUCAUUGACCGCGGCUUUGAGAAGGGCUGGAUGGUCCCCAAUCCACCCAAGGUUCGCACCGGCAAGACCGUUGCCAUCAUCGGAUCGGGUCCGGCCGGUCUCGCUGCCGCUGACCAGCUCAACAAGGCUGGCCACAUGGUCACCGUCUACGAGCGCGCCGACCGCGCUGGUGGUCUGCUCAUGUACGGUAUCCCCAACAUGAAGCUCGACAAGCGCAUUGUCAAGAGGCGCACCGACUUCAUGGCGGCCGAGGGCAUUCAGUUCAAGACGGGCGUCACCGUGGGCGAGGACGUCCAGCUGAUGGACCUGAAGGCAAACAACGACGCAGUCAUCAUCGCCACGGGUGCCACGGUGGCGCGCGACCUCCCCAUACCGGGCCGCAACCUCGAGGGCAUCCAUUUUGCCAUGGAGUUCCUACACCAGAACACCAAGUCGCUGCUCGACUCGGAGCUUGCCGACGGCGCGUACAUCUCGGCGCGGGGCAAGCACGUGGUGGUGAUCGGCGGCGGCGACACGGGCAACGACUGCAUCGGCACGUCGGUGCGGCACGGCGCGGCGUCGGUUAUCAACUUCGAGCUGCUCCCGCAGCCGCCGGCGGAGCGGGCCAACGACAACCCCUGGCCGCAGUGGCCGCGCGUGUACCGCGUCGACUACGGCCACAGCGAGGUGCGCCAGCACAUGGGCAAGGACCCGCGCGAGUUCUGCAUCAUGUCGCAGGACUUUGUCGACGACGGCGCCGGCCGUGUCAAGGGCAUCAACACGGUGCGUGUCGAGUGGACCCGCACUCCCGCCGGCGGCUGGGAGAUGCACAAGAUCGAUGGCUCCCAGCAGUUCUUCCCUGCCGAUCUUGUCCUGCUGUCGAUGGGUUUCCUGGGUCCCGAGGGCAGGGUCCUCGGCGACGAGAUCGAGAAGGAUGGACGCAAGAAUGUCAAGACGCCCGCUGGUGGCUACGCUACCAACGUGGAGGGCAUCUUCGCCGCGGGCGAUUGCCGCAGGGGACAGUCGCUGAUUGUCUGGGGCAUCAACGAAGGCCGCCAGGCGGCGCGCGAGGUCGAUCUCUACCUCGAGAAGUGCACUAACCUGCCUGUCACGGGUGGCAUUGUCAAGCACACUGCCGAGGAGGUGUUUGCUGCUGGGGCGGCGACGACGGUGGCGGCGGUCGAGCCGGUUGCUGCUUGA